ACUGACAGCCUGACAGUGACUUUCAAUCUCAGCCCUGAGGUUAUUUUAAUUUUUAAUUUACAAUUUUCUUUUAAACUCGGAAUUUCUACUUUUUGUUUUUAAACAUUUUAAAUAAUAUGUCUUCAGGUGACGGAUUACCACCAAAGUCGUACUUGAUUCCAAGUCCGAUAAUUACAAAAAGAACAAGAACACCAUCAGUUUGUGAACGUAUCGUUAAGAGCAAGAAUAUUUAUGGGGUAAUCAAGGAAUUUUGCCGUCAGAAAGGGCAUGGUUUUAUCACUCCAGAAGAUGGUAGUGAGGAUAUAUUUGUACAUGUUUCAGAUGUUGAAGAUGAGUACGUCCCAAUACCAGGAGAUCGUGUUAAAUAUCAAAUGUGUCCUAUCCCUCCCAAGUUCGAGAAGUUUCAAGCAGUCCACGUCCAUAUAGUUGAUUUGAAGCCAGAAGUGCACAAGAAAUGGGAGAACUUAUAAAUGUCCUUGCCAGAAAAUAUAAAAAGAUCUUUGAUUCUCUGUUCUUACUGUUAUUGAAUGUAUAUUUGGUUCUAUUAAUUAAUGUAUGUAUAUAUGUAACACUAAUUUGAUGUCUAUACCUUCCCAGCCUCGCAAAUAUUAUUUUUAAGUUAUACUAUCUUUUUUCACUUUUUUGUAUGAGGUAAAACUGUAGAUUCGGUCAGUACAACUAUUUAAAACGCAGUAAAGAUAUUAUACUUGAACAAUUUUUUGGUUCUGUCAAUUUUAAAUAGGUUGUUGAUUUAAGUCAAUUCAUACGUUACGAAAAUUCUUGUAAAUAAAACACUGAAACC